UUAUCUCGGUCUUUCUCGGUCUCUCACGGUACCUGCUUUGCACAUUAGCAUUCCUCUUAGCUACAACGGCGACAUAAACCGCUGUCAAAGCAGAGAGGGAUUGGGUACACUUCUUUUUUUUUUUCUGUCUGGAAGGUAAGCAGCAACCAUGCAGGAAGUAACGCGGUACUUUACGCCGUCAGUUGUUGGAGCGCUGGUUGCAAUUUUCCUGACAGUUUCUCCAAAACCGGUGGAAGAUUUGCUGUCGGUUGGAGAGCAAUGGCUCUCCCCAGCAAUCCGAGCAGCUUUGCCGCAAAACCUGAAUACUGGAGUGACGGCAAUGAUCGGGUUCUUUUUGGGAUUCAGUUUCAUGCAUUUUUGGCUUUGGUUCCGUUGGCAGCUGUUAAGGAUGCUGUUUUCUUACAGAGGAUGGAUGUAUAAUCCCAAGUCCGUUGCAACCAAGAUCUGGGCUGUAUUGGUGAAAUUCCAUUUACAGCAGAAUAGAGGCCCAUAUAAAACAUUCAGUUUGCAGAAUGUGCUGCCCAGGUUACCAGUGCCCAGCUUGGAGCAGACCUGUCACAAAUAUUUGUUAUCUGUAAAGCCUCUGCUCACUGAGGCAGAGUAUGCACAGACAAAACAGGUUGUGGAGCAGUUUAAACAGAAUGAGGGGCCAAAACUUCAGGGUUAUUUAAAACUCAGGGCUUGGAAUAAAGUGAACUGGUUAUCUGAAUGGUGGAAUGACCUAGCAUAUUUGUAUCAGAGGAGUCCUAUUGCAAUUAACUCUAACUAUUACUGCCUGGACAGUGAGGCACUGCCUACAAACAACCCUAUUGCUAGGGCUGCCAAUAUGAUUCAUUAUGGUGUGCUGUUUCAUGAUUUAAUUCACACUGAGCGUCUGCCAGUCCUAUUGGCAAAUGGAUUGGUCCCAGUUUGUAUGGAUGGAUACAGAUAUAUGUUUAAUGCCUGUCGAAUUCCUGGAUUAGAGAAGGAUACAUUACACAACUUUCCAGCAUCAAACUUUGUCAUUGUGAUUCGCAAAGGAAUGUUUUUUAAACUGGAUGUGUAUGCUGAGAACAAGAAGGGCGUACUCACCCCCCUGACGCCUUGGGAAUUACAGUGUCAGCUGGAGAAGAUAUAUGAGAUGAGUGAAGAGCAAGAUGAUGGCUGUGGUGUGGCGGCUUUUACUGCAAUAAACAGAACUCAGUGGGCCAAGCAUCGCCAAGCUUUGAUACAAGCCAGUCCUGUAAACAAGGCAACUCUACAUGAGGUGGAGAGAGCACUCUGGCAUAUAUCUCUUGAUUGUGGGGUUCCUAAGGACAUAUCUGAUCAGGCAAAAAUGUUGCUAUGUGGAGAUGGAGUUAAUAGGUGGUUUGACAAAUCUCUAGUAAUGUUUGCGUUUGCUGAUGGGCGUUCUGGUGCCUUAGCUGAACAUGCCACUGCUGAUGCCACGGUAAAUUGGAGGGUCUGCUUUGUCUUGUUUAGAAUUGUUAGAUUCCGGAGAAGACAGAACUGACGCGUACAAUAUUAUACAAUUAUAUACUUUGGCACAGGUCAACAUGUUUUUUGCAGACCUAAAAAUAAAAUUGGUGCUGCAAAACAACAUAUUGAUGAAAAAACAAAGAUGUAUAAUUGUUUAAUUAUAUAAUUAUUACCGAAAUGGCAAUGUCUUCCAAGAUGACAUUAAGAGU